AUGGGCACCAAGAAGCGUGAUUCCUUCGAGCUUCGCGACGACGCUGCUUCAGAGAUCUCCGAAAACCGAUCGGGCGGCAUCGAGGCUGAAGUCUUCUCUCAGCCUGUCGGCUUCAUACCCAAAUUCCCUGCGCCACCACGAUAUAUCAAGGUCAAGGCCCAAUAUAGGAAACAGAAGGACUUUGAUAGGUUGUUUUUAGCUCAGGUUCUUUUGGAUACUCCCAAACAGAAAGGACGGAAGGCGUCAAUAGACUCCAGAAUUCACAGCAUCGAUGAACAGCACGCCAACAGCUUUACAACGCAAGCGAACGCGGCAAGUAAUGCAAUAUGGGCAAUGGAGUUCUCAAAAGACGGGAGAUAUCUUGCCGCUGCUGGUCAGGACAGGAAGUUACGGGUUUGGGAGGUUAUUGCCACGGCCGAGGAUCGGGAGGCAGAGGAGAAACUGCCCGAGACCAACACCCAGGGCGAAAGGGUCAAACUCAACGCGCCAGUCUUCAAAAGCAAGCUCCUACGUGAGUAUGAGGGUCACACAUCCAGUAUCCUGGACCUCAGCUGGAGCAAAAACAACUUCCUCUUGUCUUCGUCCAUGGACAAGACGGUCAGGCUAUACCAUGUCAGCCGGGCCGAAUGCUUGUGUGCCUUCAAACAUAACGAUUUCGUGACCUCAAUACAGUUUCAUCCGCGGGAUGACCGCUUCUUUCUGGCCGGCUCUCUGGACGCGAAACUACGGCUGUGGAGCAUUCCCGACAAAACCGUGGCGUACUGGGCGCAAGUACCAGACAUGGUGACUGCGGUAGCGUUUACGCCAGAUGGCAAGACUGCUAUCGCUGGGUGUCUAAACGGGCUGUGCCUCCUCUACGACACCGAGGGUCUCAAAGCACAUUCACAGAUCCAUGUGCGGUCGGCACGAGGGAAGAAUGCCAAAGGCAGCAAGAUCACAGGCAUCGACACUAUUGCCCUUCCUCGAUCAGACAAUGCUCCGCCAGAUGUCAAGCUGUUGAUCACCAGUAACGACUCUCGGGUACGAAUGUACAACCUGAAAGACAGGACGCUCGAGGUGAAGUUCCGGGGCAACGAGAAUGCGUGCAGUCAAAUUCAUGCCCUGUUCAGCGACGAUGGAAGAUACGUGAUAUGUGGGAGUGAGGACCGCAAGGUGUACAUAUGGCCGACCUCGGUCGAUGAGAGGCCGGACAAUGACAAGCGCCCCAUGGAGGUGUUUGAGGCUCAUUCAGCAAUCGUGACCACGGCACUCCUAGCCCCAGAGAGCACGAGGCGGCUGCUUGCGCAAUCCGGAGACCCUCUCUACGACUUGUGCAACCCGCCGCCAGUAACACUGGUCAGUCGUGCGGACUCUGUCAUCUCCUCCCGAGCGCCCACUAGCAGCUACUCCGACGAGAAGCAUCUCACGUCGGACAAACGAAUAUCACAGUCACCCAAACGCGCCCCCGAGACACCCGCAUAUCUAGCACGACAUUCACAUCCUGGUGGCCAGAUCAUUGUCACGGCCGACUAUACCGGACAAAUCAAGGUCUUUCGACAAGACUGCGCAUUCCAAAAACGCCGUCACGAAUCAUGGGACACAAGCUCGACUUUCUCGAAGAAGGUGCUGGGCCGAAGCGGAUCUGUAGUAACACGACAUUCCGGCAGCACUUCCUUGCAUCGAAACUCGUUUGCGAUGAGCUCCAAGAACCAGUCGACCGACCGGAUCCUGAACUGGAGAAACACUGUGAGCGACAACGAUUCCGGCGUCAAUGGAUCUACCGGUGCGCCUGAGGCACGUCGCUCCAUGGGGAAUGAUGAGAGGUCACGUAGCGCGUCACCGCGUAAACUCAUCUCGCCGCAUUUUUCCCGCCGAAAACCUUCCCCCCCCGAAUACCAUUCACCAUUGCACCAGGUCCAGCAAGGACCCUCCAUAUCAGUUCAGUCGCCAGUGGCGGACUCACCAGAAAGUUUCCAUUCUGCCACGCAGGCGAAGUCACCAGAUUUCGAGAAGUUGUCCCCCGUGGGGAGCCUCAGGCCUGUCACUUCCAAUUCGACUACAGAUGGCCCCUUGCUUAGUCCGAACAAUCCUCUCUUUUUGGUCGAUCAGCAGUCUUACAUGGCAUGGGAUGUGAAGAACACGUUGGUGCCUAUGGCCAAGCACAUGCCCCGUAGUCCUGGGCUGGUGGAUCAUGAUGGGAACCCUCUUUCGCGGACAGGCAGCUAUGUCAGCCAAUUGUCCAGCACUCUUACGGGCUCGGAUCGCGAAGGCAACAGCACCAGCCCUAGUGUGCAAGAAGUGGACGACGACCAAGACAAAGCUCAGGGCAAAACACGUCGGUUGCGUACUAGGCGGAAGAAAAGCGUCGACAGCGCAAAUGAUCUUCGUUGCAGGAAGUGUGGGAGCAACACUUUCAAGGCCACCAUGACGGACAAGGGCCAGAGCCUUCGCUGCAAAAAGUGCGGGACUGUCGUCUAA